CCUGUGCCUACUGCCUCUCGGUCUUGCACUGUUCAAGAUGCCCACGCAGGCCUCUGCCGCGACCUGGGUCUUCCCUCUCCUGGGGCUGCAGAGGCCAGACGUUCAGCCGUGAGGGGUCCAAGGAGAGUCCUGGGAGACAGGGACUGUCCAGCCCCUGUCCCUGUUCCCUGUGGGAAGCCUUCAGCGGCAGCAAGGCGCUGGCUGUUCCAUCUGCCCACAAGAACAGCUGCCACCAGUACCCAGGGGAUGACUAGAGGCCGGACCACAGGCCAGCAAAAGAAGGCUACCCCACUCAUAGAUGCAGACCAUGUGGGGCUCCCGAGAACUGUUUAUGGCAUGGUUUCUAGUGUUGGCAGCAGGUGGCACUGACCAGCAUGUCUACAGGCCCAGCCGUAGAGUGUGUGCCAUGGGGGCUUCCGGAGGGCCUGCCUCAGAGUCCUUUGUGCAGCGUGUGUACCAGCCUUUCCUCACCACUUGCGAUGGACACAGAGCCUGCAGCACCUACCGAACCAUCUACCGGACGGCCUAUCGCCGCAGCCCUGGGCCAACUCCCACUAGGCCUCGCUAUGCCUGCUGCCCUGGUUGGAAGAGGACCAGAGGGCUUCCUGGGGCUUGUGGAGCAGCAAUAUGCCAGCCUCCGUGUGGGAACGGAGGGAGUUGUGUCCGUCCAGGCCACUGCCACUGCCCUGUGGGGUGGCAAGGAGAUACUUGCCACACAGAUGUGGAUGAAUGCAGUACAGGAGAGGCCAUUUGUCCCCAGCGCUGUGUCAAUACUGUGGGCAGUUACUGGUGCCAGUGUUGGGAGGGGCAAAGCCCAUCUGCAGAUGGGUUGCUCUGCCUGCCUGAGGAGAGGCCCUCCCUUAUGGCCCCAAGCCCCACAACAGGAGUGGACAGCAUGGUGAGAGAGGAGGUCCACAGGCUGCAGUCCCGAGUGGAUGUGCUGGAGCAGAAACUGCAGUUGGUGCUGGCCCCGCUGCACAUCCUGGCCUCUCGGGCUACAGAGCAUGGGUUGCAAGACCCUGGCAGCCUGCUGGCCCACUCCUUCCAGCAGCUGGACAGAAUUGAUUCACUGAGUGAGCAGGUCUCCUUCUUGGAGGAGCAACUGGGGUCCUGCUCUUGCAGAAAAGAUCAGUGACGGCAUGCAUCUCACCAUCCAGAUUACAUCCUUUCCAGCCAGAGUUCAGGCGCCAUCUGGUGGUGCCUGUGAGCAGAAGGCCCUGCAUUGUCUGUCCCUAGGAAUUGGCCCUGGGGAGUGGGGUCCUGUGUGACUCCCCAGUGGGCCUUCCAGGGAAGGUACAAGAGCUCUCUGCCCAGAGGUGAGGUGGGGACUGUCCCCAUCUUUUUCAUAAUAAAGCUGGGACUUGA